GCCUGACCCAACCCAACACUUCAUACACCCUCAACGGCAAGGUCAGAGUCAGACACACCUCCCCCUUGCAGAAUCCCACACAAGUCUCGAUGCUCCGCCGCAUAGCGGCCCUCCGGCCGCCGUCUCGAGCGGCCGCGCCAUUGGGGGCGAUUGCGGCGCCCUAUUCCUCGAAGUCCACAUCCAUCCCUCAGAAGCAGCAGCGCGUCCGAGACCAUGCCUUCGACGGCGUCAUGGAGGUCCAGAAGCGCGUCCGCCGCUUCCACGCCCUCCACGCUCUCAUCCUCUACGCCGCCGCCCCCACCGCGCCCUCCCGCGCCGGCGGAAGCGGCGCCGUGUCCGUCCCCUUCACCCGCCUCGGCGCCCUCGCGCGCCGCCAGUUACGCCUCGCGCCCCUCGACGCUGGCCGCUUUCUCCUGCGCCACGCGCACGCCUUCCACCUCUUCCUCCACCCCGUCCACCGCAUGCUCCACAUCCGCCUCACCCCACGCGCUGCAGCGGUGCUCGACGCUGAGGCCGACGCCGUCGCCGCCGCACUCCCCGGCAUCUCCGUCCUACGCCUCCGCAAGCUCCUCCUCCUUGCGCCCCCGCACCGCCGUCUCCGCCUCGAGCACAUCCACCUCCUCCGCCGCGACCUUGGCUUCCCAGACGAUUUCGCCCAGUCUAUCAUCCAGUCCAACCCCUCCCUCUUCCGCCUCACCCCUGACGGCUUCGUCGAAUUCCUGCCGUCCCCCACCGACCCGCCCGAUCUCACCGUCGCCGCCGUAGAGCGCGCCCGGGAGCGCCACUACCGCGAGCACCGCGCGCCCGGCUCCGCCGAGGAGGACGCGCGUUUCGCGUUCCCCAUUCGUUUCCCGCCAGGGUUUAAGAUCGGCAAGUACUUCCGGAUCGCUGUCUGGAAAUGGCAGCGCCUCCCCUACGCUUCACCCUAUGCAGACGUCACGGGCCAUGACCUGCGUUCGCUUGAGGCACAACGCCGCAUGGAAAAGCGCGCGGUCGCUGCUGUCCACGAGUUUCUCUCGCUCACAGUUGAGAAGCGCACCACAUUGGAGCGCCUUGCGCUGUUCCGCGAUGCACUCGGUGUGCCCAAGAAGAUCAAAGAGUUCUUGCUGAAGUACCAGGGUAUAUUCUACAUAUCCACGAGGGGGAAUCAGGGUAAGCUGCAUACGGUGUUCCUCAGGGAGGCGUAUUACAAAGGGGAACUUGUUGACCCGAAUGCAAUACAUGAUGCAAGACGGAAGCUGGAGGAGUUGCUCAUGAUCAACCCACAGAGGGCGAAUUUGGACAGAAUGUUCACCAGCAUGGGCCGUGGGUGGGAUGAACUUGGUGGCAGCCGCCGUGGUGGAUCUGAACUGAGGGAUGAGUUUCUUGGCGAUGGAGGUGGCAGGAAAAGGAAUGCUGAUGCUGAUGGGGCUGAGAGUGGGGAGGACUCGGGUGUUGAAUCACUGUACAUUGAUUGAGAAAUAGAAUUAUAUAUGAAGGCUCUGGACAUCAACUUGCAAGCUGGUUUGUGAGCAGGCACUCGUUCCCUUUGGAAAAGGUUUAACUUCUUGCAUUGGCAUCAUCACCACUAUAGCAUUUCUAGCUAAUCGGUCAGCUAGAAAGGUGAUGGGCUCAGAAGUCAGAACUGUCAGCAAGGAUAUCACAUUCAUGAACCUGCAAUGAGUCGAUAAGAUGGAGACCAAGGAAAAGUCUAAAGGCCUCCACGUGAGGGCUGGUUCGGUGGAUAGAGAAAUUGAGGAGAUCCAUGAGCAGGGAUCCUCUUGCUAUUUAGGCUUGUUUGGUUAUUCCAAUUCCAUGUGGAUUGAAGUGUAUUGGAAUGUAUUGGGUAGAUUUUGACUUGCUAUGAAUUUAAACCGACUCAAUACUAUUCAAUCCACAUGGAUUAACGGUGAAAUGAACAAGCCCUAGAGGAUCUCUCUCCAUGGAUCUCCUUUAUUUUCCUGUUUGGGAUCCCUUCUCUAUGAACCCCUCCAUUUCUCUGUCCACUAAACCAGCCCUGAAUGGGAGAAAUAGCUUGGGAAGUUUUUGCCUGAACGUUUAGUGUCCAAGGAGGCUGGAAACCACGAUAUGUUCUGUAAAUGCCUAGACCAGUCUCCUGGCAUUGGUAUGUGAGGCAUCAUACCUGCAACAACAGUUAGAUUGGUAUGUGAGGCAUCAGACCUGCAACAACAGCUAUAUUGGUAUGUGAGGCAUCAGACCUGCAACAACAGCUAGAUUGUUAUGUGAGGCAUCAGACCUGCAACAACAGCUAGAUUGUUAUGUGAGGCAUCAGACCUGCAACAACAGCUAGAAAGGGAACCACAUUCUUCAUGAUGAUUAUUGCUUCAAGGGUUCUGAAACCUGUUACCUGAAAUUUGUUGUUAACAACGCAAACUUCAUAUUGAGCCUUGCCUUUUGCACAGCCUUUGCCUGAAAAAAUCAUAGAGUGGAUAUGCCAUUCUUUUUUCAAUGUCA